UUGCGGUUGCGGCCGGAAGAGAGAGAGAGAGAGAGAGAGAGAGAGAGAGAGAGAGAGAGACGAGAGGAGUCGAGAGAGAUUCCGCCACCGCCAACCUCCGAUGCCGCCGCCGCCGCCGGGCAUGACCCUCUGCCGCCUCCCCACGGCCACCCUCGGGCUCCCCCUUUCUCUUCCUUGUUUGCUGUCUCGUCCCCGCCUUUCCCUCGCCGCACGUCGCGCCAGGGCCGUCGCCGCCAGGGCCUCCUCCUCCUCCUCCUCCUCCUCCUCCUCCUCCUCACCGGACUCGUCCUUCGGCUCACGGAUGGAGGAAUCCGUCAAGAAGACAGUGGCCGACAACCCCGUAGUCAUCUACUCCAAGUCAUGGUGCUCAUAUUCCAUGGAGGUGAAGGCGCUCUUCAAGAGGAUCGGCGUGCAGCCGCACGUCAUCGAGCUCGACCAUCUCGGCGCUCAAGGACCACAACUACAAAAGGUGUUAGAGAGGCUGACUGGACAGUCUACUGUUCCUAAUGUUUUCAUCGGUGGAAAGCAUGUUGGUGGCUGUACAGAUACUGUGAAGCUGCAUCGCAAGGGUGAGCUAGCUAGCAUGCUGUCGGACCUGGAUAUCGACAUUAACAACUCAUGACAAGAUGGAGUGUGGUUUGCGGAGUUGAGGCUUGAGAAACUCGGGUAUCGAGUUAUUUAGCCUUUUACAGAUCCACUAUGUUUUGGUAUGGCAAAACUGGUGCCACUUACACAUUUUUUGUUCGGUAUAACACCUAGUAAGUCACGGAACUUGACCAGUGUAUGCAAAUUGCAAAUACUGUGUUUGCUGAGCAA